GAGCCCGUGAGGAGCCGCGCGGCAGGAGGGGGGGGUGGGGGAGCCGGGCGGAGACAGGGCGCGAGACCUCGCCUUUUGCUGCAGUCCUCAACCAGGUCGGACCGCCGGCAAUAUAGGGAGGCGCGCCAGAGCUGUUGAAGCAUUGUGCUGCUUGUUGCGAAAGCGACAGUAUGUCUGGUCGGGGCAAGGGCGGCAAGGGGCUAGGCAAGGGCGGCGCCAAGCGCCACCGCAAAGUGUUGCGCGACAACAUCCAGGGCAUCACCAAGCCGGCCAUUCGCCGUCUGGCUCGGCGCGGCGGCGUUAAGCGCAUCUCGGGGCUCAUCUACGAGGAGACGCGCGGCGUGCUCAAGGUGUUCCUGGAGAACGUGAUCCGCGACGCCGUCACCUACACGGAGCACGCCAAGAGGAAGACGGUUACGGCCAUGGACGUGGUCUACGCGCUCAAGCGCCAGGGUCGCACCCUCUACGGCUUCGGCGGUUAAGCUUGGUUCCUGCUUCAGGUUAACAUCUUUUGCAACACAAAGGCUCUUUUCAGAGCCACCCA